ACGUCAUAGAUAGGCGUCGAUCAUGACAUCGGAUCCGCCUUCGAUACCUCAACCUUCAACUCCUCAUUCCCAAGGUCGCAGCCAUGGUGUUCGAUAUACAGAGGCGAAAGUUACUACGAUACCUAAACACCACAUAUACCUACUGGAAUACUCCGCUUCUCCAUGCUAUAAUCGCCUUUAUAGAACUUGCAAUCAUGUCGAGGCUCGUAGCCAAAUUCCACGGCUACUAUGCCGAACAUCCAAUCCUUACGAUGAUGGCGUCAAACGCCGUCCUCAGUGGCAUCGCCGACACAGUUGCCCAAAGCAUAACUGAAAUCCGCGAACGCGCCCUCCGAAAACCCGGCGGCCCAAAUAACAUAGACGACCCAUUUGCAGUCGAGAUCCACGAGCUUGACAAGAGAAACCCUUUCCACGUGGAGGACCUCAUUCCAGAAUCCAAGAUCCUUCCUCCGCCAUUCGACUUCGAGCGGCUGUCUAGAUUUGUGGGAUACGGCUGUAUGAUUGCCCCGGUGCAGUUCAAGUGGUUCCAGUUCCUGAGCAAGUCGUUCCCGAUUACGAAGGGAAGUGCGCUCGGACCGGCAAUGAAGAGGGUUGCGUUUGAUCAGCUGAUAUUCGCGCCGUUUGGCCUCUGUCUCUUCUUCACGGCUAUGACGGUUGCUGAAGGAGGGAAAAUGAAGCAGGUCGUGCAUAAACUACAAGAUAUGUUUGUGCCGACGCUGAAGGCUAACUAUGUCCUCUGGCCGGCGGUUCAGAUAUUGAACUUCCGCGUAAUUCCAAUCCAUUUCCAGUUGCCAUUCGUAUCUACUAUCGGAAUCGCGUGGACAGCAUACUUGUCACUUACGAAUGCGGCGGAGGACGUGAAGGAGGCCGGAUCUCCAGUAACACCUCAGAGGGCGCAACUGCGGAGGGAAUAUUCCGAUUAGGGGCGUGAUGAAGUGUUGUAUUUGUACAUGUUUCAUACUUGACACGCUCAUAUCAACUGUCAUAGGGUAGAUGGGCAUGGAUUCAUGGAUUAUAUUUAAGGACAUACGGUUCUUGGUCAAAGGGGGCGUCGUGGUCGAAAAGGCGGAGCAUCUAGAUCAUAUUCUUGGGCGUU